GGCUACGAUAAGGUUCGGGUGACGGGUAAGAUUGAAGGUCUAAGUAAAGGUGCCCACGGCUUCCAUGUGCACCAGUUUGGAGACCUGACCAACUCGUGCACCAGUGCUGGCGGACACUUCAAUCCCCACAACCGAGAACAUGGAUCUCCCGAUGACUUCAAUAGACAUGUAGGAGAUUUGGGCAAUGCUUUCGCCGACGACAAUGGUGUGGCACAGUUAGACAUCCAGGACUAUUACUUAUCCCUCAAUAGUGGCUCCAAUUCUAUUGUAGGCCGAGCUGUGGUGGUUAGUGUAUAUCUUUAUGUUUUAGUAAUUAUAGUGUAA